AGUGGCGUCUUGAGCUCAGACCGGAAGUGGUUCGAGGGGGAAGGCGCUGCCGGCCGGGCCCGCUCGCGAGCCGGGGACCUGAGAAGGCGAUGAAGCCAGCAGUGGACGAGAUGUUCCCCGAGGGCGCGGGGCCCUACGUGGACCUGGACGAGGCAGGAGGAAGUACAGGUUUAUUGAUGGAUUUAGCAGCUAAUGAAAAGGCAGUUCAUGCAGAUUUCUUUAAUGAUUUUGAAGAUCUUUUUGAUGAUGAUGACAUUCAGUGAAAUUACUCUUUCAGCUAUGCAAUGCUAAGGUGUGGAAUCCUCCUGUAGGAUUGUCGCCUGUUUGUUUUUUUUUAAAAAAAAACCCAGAGAGAAUCUGUAUGUUAUCUCUAAAGUGCCAUUGGAAACUAGAAGAUUGGUAAAGAUGACAGAAGAAAGAAGUUGCGAACUGUUAUCACUAGGUUACGUGUAGAUUUUCUUCAAUUUUAUUUGCUGAUGUGCUUGUUGAAUAAAAUAUGAACAAAAUCUCUCCCCGGGAUGUACUUUCAGUUUAAUAGAUGUUGUCACGGACUGAAAUUCCCUGAUGAGCCAUAAUUUUGUAAAAUCAUUCACCAUUACUUUUAUUUAUUAGGCAAAGACAAAUUGUAGGGUUUACCAUCUGCUAGAUGAGUUUUGUUUCUCAUUGUGUGGGAUUAAGCUAUCCAGUCUUUCUCUGAGUAAAACAUUGAAUAUAUUUGUGUUUUUACACAUGGCACUAUGAAGGGAGUGUGCAUUUUACAAUUUCAGGUUUUAAUAAUGUCCAAUUUCUAUAGCUAUUUUAGCUUCCAUCCAGGACAUUUUUUUCCAAUAACAAUAAAUACAGCAAUAAUGUAAUCUUAAAAUACUAAAAUGAAACACAUUUUGUGAUCCUAAAUCAUACUGUAGGAAUAUUGAUUUAAAAUACCCAGAUCUAUUUAAAUGUUAGAAAAUAAAUUCUUCCUUCACUGAUGUGCCAGAGUAUAUUGUAAUAUUUUGUGUCUCUUGAAGCAGUUGAUGUGCUCAUAACCAUAUUGAAGAGUACAAAGUAUGCUAAAGUGGACUGUCCCAGGCAUAGGUUUUAUUUCUCACCUCUUAGUACAAUUUAUAGUUAAGAAAGGGAUGUUUUUGUGUGCCUGCUCCUCCCAGUGUUCAAAUACUGAGUUUUCCAAUUAAGUUCAGUGUACAAUGGAAGUUUAUAAGUAAUAUGUGGUUUCAGUGCUACCUAGUUUAAUCUUAGAUUUGACUAUAUUCCAUAAUUUUUCAUCAGAAAAACUAACCUUUGACUGUGAUCCUUAUUUUGGACUAAAUUAUGUCCAGGCUGCUCCAUUUUAACUGCCCAUGGCCUAAGUGUAACCAGGAUUUUGACCCUAAUUGUUGUAUUUCACAUUCCCACACUCUGACUAGGACAGUGCCCAUUUUAUUACAGUGAGACCUUGCUCUUUAUAUUUGCCCUUAAUUGAGCAAAACUCUCACAGAGCAUGCUAUCUUUGUUUAAAAAAAAAGUGAAGAGCUAGUGUCUUUGCCUUCCCUGGCUCCAUUUGCAUGUCUAAACCAUGCAAGUUCAAAUUCUCCUUUGGGCAUCUCUUCUUUGAUACUGCUGUCAAUUCAGAAUGAAGAAAGUAUAAAUAUCAGCUGUAAUUUGCUAUCUGGCCUUUGUAGCUGGACCUUUGGGCCCUACACAGCUAUUGACCUUCAUUUCCUUUUCACAUGUGACACCUGUUUACAAGAUUUGAGGAGGUUGAACUAAAGGCCCCACACUUCCUAAAUUUCACCUGUAUCACUGAGAAGUGCUGAUAUUUUACCAUACUGUAUAAUAAAGCUUCAGUUUACUUAA